AUGGGCCAUCUGGUAACGGUUGCGACAUGCAGCUUGAACCAAUGGGUUUUAGAUUGGGAGGGCAACCUCGGCCGCAUCAUUGAGAGUAUACACCAGGCCAAAGCAGCCGGAGCCCGGCUCCGUGUGGGACCUGAACUCGAAAUAUGCGGCUACUCCAGCCUAGACCACUUCCACGAGCUAGACGUGUACACGCACAGCCUGGAGAUGCUGUGUCGGCUGCUGCAGGACAAGAGCACCUACGGGAUCCUGCUUGACGUCGGCGUACCCAUCCUGCAUCGCAACCUCCGCUACAAUUGCCGCGUGAUCUGUCUCGACGGCAAGAUCCUCCUCAUCCGCCCCAAGAUGUGGCUCGCCAACGACGGCAACUACCGCGAGAUGCGCCACUUCACUCCCUGGAUGCGGCCCCGCGAGACCGAGCUGUUCCACCUGCCCAAAAUGCUAGCCACGCUACAAGGGGACACCCACGUGCUGUUCGGCGAUGCCGUCAUCUCCACCCCCGAGACGGCCUUCGGCGCCGAGACCUGCGAAGAGCUCUUCACGCCCAAGGCGCCGCACAUCGACAUGGCGCUAGACGGGGUCGAGAUCAUCACCAACUCGAGCGGUAGCCACUUCACGCUGCGCAAGCUCGACACCCGUCUGCAGCUCAUCAUGGAGGCCACGCGCAAGUCGGGGGGCGUGUACCUAUAUGCAAACCAGCAAGGGUGCGAUGGUGAGCGGCUGUACUUCGACGGGUGUGCCAUGAUCAUUGUCAACGGGGAUGUGGUGGCUCAGGGGUCGCAGUUCAGUCUCAACGACGUCGAGGUCGUGACGGCGACGGUCGAUCUGGAAGAGGUCCGCUCGUACCGCGCGGCUAUCUCCCGCGGCCUGCAGGCGGCGGCCUCGACGGCCAAGUACCAGCGUAUUCAGACGCCGUUUGAGCUGAGCUCGGAGGAGGACGAUGCGGAUGUCAGCGUGGCUCCGACACUGGCUAUUCAGCCGCGGUAUCACUCGGUUGAGGAAGAGAUUGCGUUGUCUGCGGGGUGCUAUUUGUGGGAUUACCUUCGCCGUUCCGGCACAGCCGGCUACCUCGUUCCCCUAAGCGGCGGCAUCGACUCCUGCGCAACCGCCGUGAUCGUCUUCUCCAUGUGCCGCAUCGUACUAGCCGCGCUCGCAGAAAACAACGCCCAAGUCAUCGCCGACGUCAAGCGUCUCGCCAAGUACAACGUCGAUUCCAACGGCGACGGCGUGCUGCCCACCACCCCGCAGGAACUCUGUAACCAGGUCUUCUCCACCGUGUACAUGGGCAUGAGCAAGCAGAGCUCGCGAGAGACGCGCCAACGCGCGAAGGACCUGGCCGCGGCUAUCGGGAGUCAUCAUAUCGAUUUGGAUAUUGAUGAUGUGUAUGAGGCGCAGAAGAAGUUGGUGACGGCUACGACUGGGUUUGAGCCGCGGUUUAAGGUGGAGGGGGGCACGGUGCAGGAGAAUUUGACACUGCAGUGCUUGCAGGCGAGGAUACGGAUGGUGACGGCCUAUGAAUUUGGACAGAUUUUGCCGACGGCGAGGGGAAGGCCGGGAGGUGGGAGUCUGCUGGUGUUGGGCAGCGCGAAUGUUGGCGAGAGUGCCGAUAUCAACCCCAUCGGCUCCAUCGACAAGGCCGACCUGAAGCGCUUCAUCGCCUGGGCCGAAAAGAACUUCGAGUUGCCCUGUCUCCACGACUUUUUAACUGCCGUACCUACGGCCGAGCUGGAACCGAUCACCCAAGACUACGUCCAAAGCGACGAGGCGGACAUGGGCAUGACAUACCAGGAGCUCACCAUCUUCGGCCGGCUGCGCAAGCUCAACAAGCUCGGCCCCUUCGGCAUGUUCCAGCGCCUGGUACACGACUGGAGCAUCGACCGCGAGCGCAAGCCGGACGACGAUGCACCGUACUACACCCCCGCCCAGGUCGCGGAGAAAGUCAAAAAGUUCUUCCACUUCUACGCUAUCAACCGGCACAAAAUGACGACACUGACUCCUGCACUGCACUGCAAUGAUUAUUCGCCGGACGACAACCGCUUUGAUCUGCGUCCGUUCCUAUACCCGCCUUUCUGGAAGAGCUGGAGCUUCAAGCGGAUCGACAUGGAGUUGGAGAAGAUUGAAAAGAAGCGGGCGAAUAAAAAUCAGUGA